AGCCCACUAAUAAACCGGACGAAUACUCUUCCACGGGCUCACUACCGUGCGCGGCUAUAUAAGCUGAGAUUCCGACGCGAACGUCUUUCUAAACCCUACCCGACUCCGCCGCCGCCCGCCGCUCCGCCUCAGCGCAUAGCCCGCCGCGACCUCAUCGAUCACCUUCAACUUUCAAUCAUGGCGGACGUCGAUGUCGAACCGGAGGUUGCCGCCGGAGCUCCCAAGAAGAGGACGUUCCGCAAGUACAGCUACCGCGGCGUCGACCUAGAUGCGCUUCUCGACAUGUCCACGGACGACCUCGUCCAGCUCUUCCCCGCGCGCGCCAGGAGAAGGUUCCAGAGGGGUCUGAAGAGGAAGCCCAUGGCGCUCAUCAAGAAGCUGCGCAAGGCGAAAAAAGAUGCUCCUGCUGGUGAGAAACCAGAGCCAGUCAAGACACAUCUCCGUAACAUGAUCAUUGUCCCUGAGAUGAUUGGAAGCAUUGUUGGUGUCUACAACGGCAAGACCUUCAACCAGGUUGAGAUCAAGCCUGAGAUGAUCGGCCACUACCUUGCUGAGUUCUCCAUCUCCUAUAAGCCGGUCAAGCAUGGCAGGCCCGGUAUCGGUGCCACCCACUCCUCGCGGUUUAUUCCUCUGAAAUGAGCUGUUACCCGGCUCUGUAGUCUCCCAAGAGUCAGUUGGCAAUGUUCGUUCAGCUUUUCUACUUGUUUUGAACAAGUUAAAUGCCCAAGAUAUUUUGUUUUGUUCCAUUCCAGCUCAAGAAUUCAAAGCUAAGCAUUGCACAAUUAUGCUGUUUUGUUGGAAGUUUUUGAGUUAAUCAUAUCUAAGCUGAGUUGCUAUUUUGGGUUGUUUA